AUGAAUGUCCUGUCUGGGAAGAGACACAGCAGUAGUACUCCAACACAUCCUGUAGCCAUCGUAGAAGAAACGAUGUGGGGUAAAAAGCUAGCUCAACCCAACCCCAGUAGCAGCAGCCCCGUUAGCAGCAGCCCCGGUAGCAGCCCCGGUAGCAGCACCAGUAGCAGCCUCAGCAGCAGCCCCAGUAACAGCACCAGUAGCAGCCCCACGAGCAGCCCCAGCAGCAGCCCCAGUAGCAGCACCAGUAGCAGCAGCCCCACCAGCAGCAGCCCCAGUAGCAGCCCCAGCAGCAGCCCCAGUAGUAGCAGCCCCAGUAGCAGCAGCCCCAGUAGCAGCAGCCCCAGUAGCAGCAGCCCCAGUAGCAGCAGCCCCGGUAGCAGCACCAGUAGUAUCAGCCCCCGUAGUAGCCCCCGUAGCAGCCCCAGUAGCAGCCCCAGUAGCUGCAGCCCCAGUAGCAGCAGCCCCAGUAGCAGCAGCCCCAGUAGCAGCAGCCCCAGUAGCAGCAGCACCAGUAGCAGCAGCACCAGUAGAAGCCCCAGCCCCAGUAGCAGCAGCCCCAGUAGCAGCAGCCCCACAGCAGCCCCAGUAGCAGCAGCCCCAGUAGCAGCCCCAGUAAGUAGCACCAGUAGCAGCAGCCCCAGCAGCAGCCCCAGUAGCAGCAGCCCCAGCAGCAGCCCCAGUAGCAGCCCCAGUAGCAGCACCAGUAGCAGCCCCACCAGCAGCCCCAGUAGCAGCACCAGUAGCAGCCCCACCAGCAGCCCCAGUAGCAGCACCAGGAGCAGCAGCCCCACCAGCAGCAGCAGCACCAGUAGCAGCCCCACCAGCAGCCCCACCAGCAGCCCCAGUAGCAGCCCCACCAGCAGCCCCAGCAGCAGCCCCAGUAGCAGCACCAGUAGCAGCCCCACCAGCAGCCCCAGUAGCAGCACCAGUAGCAGCCCCACCAGCAGGGGCCCCAGGAGCAGCAGCCCCACCAGCAGCAGCACCAGUAGCAGCAGCACCGGUAGCAGCAGCCCCGGUAGCAGCAGCCCCGGUAGCAGCAGCCCCGGUAGCAGCAGCCCCAGUAGCAGCAGCCCCAGUAGCAGCAGCCCCAGCCCCAGUAGCAGCAGCCCCAGUAGCAGCAGCCCCAGUAGCAGCACCAGUAGCCCCUGA